ACCGUUAAUAUACAGUCUAUGAUUUAGUCACAUUAAACAACUAUAUUUUAGCCUAUUACUACCAACGAUCGACUAACGUUGUGGCAAAUACAUGGGAGCUAAAGAGACCGAACAAGACAAAUGUAAUGUAAUAUAAAUACUAUGCUCUUAAAUUACAUUCGAUACCUCAUCAAUCUACCCCAGUGUCUUAGCCAUGGUAACCCAACAAAAUGUAAAGAAUCAUGAACACUAAAUCAAGACUAAAACCCAGAUAACCUAAAUGCAUAACGAAAACACUAACAUAACAUCUUAAACAUUUAAACUAGGACAGGAACCGUUAAUAACACAGCUCCAUGAUCCUUUGCGCUGCAGUGCACUGCAGUGCAGAACAGUCAACCCAGCGGCAUCAUGCCGGGCAUUAAAUAAAAGCAGUACCGAGUAAAUUAUUAUUUCAAAUGUCAUAAAACAGACACGGGGUUCUAGUGUAUGGUACACAGACGGUAUGAGUUCAUUACAAAUACCUCUAGAUGGCGUCAAAUCACGGACAUGAAAGCAGUGCACCAGCAUGAAUUUACGUCGACGAACCCGGCAGCCAAAGAUUGUGUCUUCGUAAAGCGCAGCACUCCACGGUAAAAACUCCAUGAACAGGACCUCCUACAGAUAAUCCAGGGUCUUGUUCACUUUUUUUUUUUUUUUUACCUCGUCCCUGUUCAACUUCCUAAAUUGGCCCAACAAUAUUGAGGAAGUGUGUGAAGAUGCCAGCCGGUGUGUCUUGGCCUCGGUACCUGAGGAUGUUAAGUGCCAGUAUGCUGGCAAUGUUUGCAGGAGCACAGGUCGUCCACCAGUACUACCUACCUGAUCUGAGUAUACCAGAGAUCCCACCAAAGCCUGGGGAGCUUCAGACAGAUCUGCUGGGCUACAAAGUCAGAGAAGAAGCUGCUGCUGCUGCGUUACAGCAGCUUAAAGCUAAACAGAAGGUGGACUGAUAAGACAUUUUACAUUUUUCCUGCAUUGGACACCCUAUCUAUAUCUAUCAAACAGACUUUGUCCAAUGUUUCAGGCUGCUACUUGCCUGGAGUAAAGUCAUUUCAGGGACAUCUGCAAAUGGAUAUUUUCUGUGUUUGAUGGUUUCUUCUAAUGAAGCAAACAGGAGUCAAUUGAAAUGCCACACUGUUGGCAUCUGGCUGCUCGGAUAGGGAUCUUCUCUAAAACAAGAUAAUUUGGUUUAUACAACAGUUGUUAAUACACCUCAUGUCAUAUCUCUUCAUCCCUUUUGAAUGUGUUUGCAUGUUUAAACCGAGUGAUGAAAUAAUGUAAAAGAACGUUCCAUGAACACAUGGUAACUGCUAAGGUCGUUAAAUAAUUACAGUGAAUUCAAAUGUAUAUAUUUUGA